ACACACUUAUAAAAGGCAAGUAUUCGGCAGUGGAGAUGCACACCUAUGAAAAAAUUAAUGGUCUACUAGGACCAAGUAUAUUCUUUAUCUGCGAUGGUUUAACUGAUGUUUUUAAACUUUCAAAAACAGCUGAUUGUCAAACAAUUUUUUAGGUUAUGUUUUGGUUAUUUUAUUUUGUAUACAGAAACAGAUAUUGUACUAAUAUUAUAAGCAAUUAUUACUGGAUAUAUUCGGUACACUACUGCUCUAUUCAUGGGAUCAGAGGGCAAAUCGAGUGAUAAUAGAUGAUGUGUGCUUCAUAUUCAUAUAGUUAUAGUAUGAUGAGGAUAACAUGAUUUCGCUUGGUCGCGUCGACAUGCUUCAAGGUCAUUUUUUUGCUACAAUUGCGAACAAGAACGAUUACUACACCAUCUAAAUCGAAUGUAGUACGCUGAUGUCUUUUAUCGGCUCACGGCGUUAUUUACUUGUGAGUAGAGUUUUAGUCAGGAUGUCUUCCAGUAAAUUUUCUUACGAGGAGGCUGUUAAGAAGUUAAAUUUACUUCAAUCAAAUAAAUCAGCUAUAGAACAAAUAAGAAAAGAUAUAAAAUUAGGCCAAAAAUGUACAAACCUAGAAGAUAUGGAAAAUUACUUGCACCGGACUGGUGUCAAUUUAUCCAUGUUAGAUGAGCUCUCUGUGAUACAUGUUGCUGGCACCAAAGGGAAGGGUUCAACAAGUGCAAUGUGUGAAUCAGUGCUUCGUCAUCAUGGCUACAGGACUGGCUUCUACUCUUCCCCGCAUUUGGUUGCUGUGCGUGAACGAAUCCGUCUUAAUGGCUGCAUAGUUGAAAAGGAAACCUUCUCGAAACACUUCCGUGAUGUCUACGAUCGUUUGCAUGCUACACAGAGUUUCGAAGGUGACAUGCCCAAGUACUUUGCAUUCCUUACUGUGCUAGCAUACAACAUGUUUCUGAAAGAGAAGGUGGAUGUGGCCAUUGUGGAAGUUGGCAUUGGUGGUGUUGUGGACUAUACUAAUGUACUGAGGAAAGUCCCAGUGGUUGGUAUAACAGCUUUGGGCCUUGACCACACGUCAAUCUUAGGCACAACUCUCCCAGAGAUCGCAGAGGCGAAGGCCGGUAUUAUGAAAACAGGGUGUGAUGCAUACACUGUGCAACAACCAACAGAUGCAAUGGAAGUCCUAGAGAAAGUUGCCAGUAAUGUUAAGUGUUCAUUGCACAUAGUUCCAGAUUAUAAAUCAUACACAUUUGAAAAUGGUCUCAAACUAAAACUGCCAGUAGAAAUAGAAGCAUAUCGUAUGAAUGCAUCUCUUGCUAUACAACUGGCACAUGCUUGGAUGCGUAAAAAUAAAACGCAUUCAUUAAAUAAUAUUACAAAUGUAACAAAUGGUGCUAUAUAUGAAAAAGUAUAUAAAGGAAAUGGCAUUGAAAAUAAUGUAAUUACAAAACUACCAAAUAAAACAAUAAAAGGUUUAUCAGCGUGUAAAUGGCCCGGGAGAUACCAAGUGAUUGAAACAGAGUACUCCACUUUUUAUCUAGAUGGCGCUCAUACUAAAGAAUCAAUGGAAAUAUGCGCAAACUGGUUUGAAGACAAUAACAAAUAUCAAGACAAAAGUUUAAUUUUUAGUGCAACUGGUGAUAGAGAUGCUGAGGUAUUACUAACACCUUUGAAAUUUAUAAAUUUUAAGUCCGUAUAUUUUGUUAUUCCGACAGCAUUUAAGGAAAUAAGUCAUAAGAAUGACAAUUUUUCUACCAUGGAAUAUAGAGAUUUAAUUGCAAGAUGUCAGAAAAAUGAAGCAACCUGGAAUCGGCUUCAAGAAAAUGACAAAUGUAGUAAAGUCACUGUUUUAGAAUGUGUUUCAGACGCUUUGUCUUGUAUAAAACAAAACGGUGACAGCAAAUCUGUUUUGAUCACUGGCUCUUUACAUUUAGUGGGAGCUGCACUAUCUAUAAUUGAUCCUAAUUUAAGUGAAAAUUAAUUAUAAAAAACUG